CCGGGUGGAGCGCGGGCGGGCGGGCGGGCGAGGAGCGCGCCGGGAAGCCUGCGAGUGAGCGGAGCAGAGGGAGAAGGAGGGCGACGGAGCCGCGAGGCGCCUGCGCGAUGUUCGGGCCGCCGAGCCCGCGGCGCUGAGCCAGCCGGGACGGACAUGCGCGGGAGGGCGCCGCGGGGCCCCGCUCCCCUGGGGGAAUGAAAGCUACUAGUUGACUUAAAAACCUCUGGGCUUCACAAAUUUGAAGACAUCCCAGAGUCAGGCACAAUGUCAACAGCAGGAGUUGCUGCUCAGGAUGUCCGAGUCCCAUUAAAAACUGGAUUUCUACAUAACGGCCAGGCCUUGGGGAAUAUGAAGACCUGCUGGGGCAGUCGCAGCGAGUUUGAAAAUAACUUUUUAACUAUUGACCCAAUAACCAUGGCCUACAAUCUGAAGUCCCCUGCCCAGGAGCACCUGACCACUAUUGGAUGCGCUUCUCGGUCUGCUCCCGCAAGUGGCCGCUUCUUUGCGGAAUGCGCUCCAUCUCCAAAGUCAAGCCUGCCCCCACUGGUUAUCUCACCAAGUGAAAGCUCGGGACAGCGUGAAGAGGAUCAAGUUGUAUGUGGUUUUAAGAAACUCUCAGUGAAUGGGGUCUGCGCUUCCACACCUCCGCUUACACCCAUAAAAAGCUGCCCUUCCCCCUUCCCCUGUGCAGCAUUGGGUGAUCGGGGCUCUCGGCCGCUCCCACCAUUGCCCAUCUCUGAAGACCUAUCUCUGGAUGAAGCCGACUGUGAGGUAGAAUUUCUGACCAGCUCAGACACAGACUUCCUCUUAGAAGACUGUGCACCUUCUGAUUUCAAAUACGCUGUUCCUGGCAGGCGAAGCUUCCGGGGGUGCGGACAGAUCAACUAUGCAUAUUUUGACACCCCAACUGUUUCUGUGGCAGAUCUCAGCUGUGCUUCUGACCAGAACAGAGUUGUUCCAGAUCCAAAUCCUCCUCCACUUCAAAGCCAUCGCAGAUUAAGGCGGUCUCACUCAGGUCCAGCUGGGUCAUUCAACAAGCCAGCCAUCCGGAUAUCCAGCUACACACACAGAGCUUCUCCCAGCUCAGAUGAAGACAAGCCUGAGGUCCCUCCCAGGGUUCCUAUACCUCCUAGGCCGGCAAAGGCAGACUACAGAAGGUGGUCAGCGGAAGUGACCUCGAACACAUACAGUGAUGAAGACAGGCCGCCCAAAGUCCCACCGCGAGAGCCAUUGUCGCGGAGCAACUCCCGUACCCCAAGUCCUAAAAGCCUUCCAUCUUACCUCAAUGGGGUCAUGCCCCCAACGCAGAGCUUUGCCCCUGACCCCAAGUAUGUCAGCAGCAAGGCCCUGCAGAGACAGAGCAGUGAAGGGUCUGCCAACAAGGUUCCUUGUAUCCUGCCCAUUAUUGAAAAUGGGAAGAAAGUUAGUUCAACACACUAUUACCUACUACCUGAGAGACCACCGUACCUAGACAAAUAUGAAAAGUAUUUUAGGGAAGCAGAAGAAACAAACCCAAGCACUCAAAUCCAGCCAUUGCCUGCUGCCUGUGGUAUGGCCUCCGCCACAGAAAAGCUGGCCUCCAGAAUGAAAGUGGAUAACAAUUAAGCGAGCAUGAUUCCGGCGCUGCUGUGCAGGCAGUACUGUGAAGAGGACAGACGGUGGCAGCUCACAGAAAGGGACACGCACAAAGUGAUCUGACUCACGUGCAGCUUUACAACUAAGUCUGGACGACUCGGGGCCCUUUGUGGGCUUCACUUGCUUGUUGGAAGCCUCAGUCUCCACUGCCACCCUGCAGACUGCCAUCUCCUGGGCUGCUGCGUCAGAGCUGGGUGGCCCUGUGUGUCAGGUGUCGUCACUCAGUAACACAUGCCUGUUGAGCAGCAGCCACAGCUGGAUCUGGGAAGAGCAGCCUUUCCUGCCCCUUACAGAAGUGACAGCAAUACAACCUAGGAGGGUUAAAAAGGUGCCCAGCAUCUCUGCUCUGGAAACAGCGAGGGGCUGGAGGUAGCUGUGACUUAGAAGGUAUGUCAGCAAACGAAGGCAGGCCUGUGAGGCCAGGAAGCAGGGAAAGCUGGCCACGGUCCAGAAGCUGAAGGCCACAAGCGGGAGGAGGCUGUGCAAUGGAAAAGGGCAGUGGGUGCAACUCAAGAUUCUAAGUGGGAGAGGAACACGAUGUGAUUUGUUUUAGGAAAGAGGACAGUGGCUGUUGUGUAGAGAACAUUUCAAAGAAGUGAACUCUGAAAGCUACAGCCAGGGCCCAGGACUGACACCAGAGUCAAACCAGGGGGGAUGGAGAGACACUUGGAUGGCUUUGAAGGUUGUGGGAAUGACAGGCAGACUCUAGACUGACCACAACCUGAGCCACAGCUCCUGGAAGCAGGGGCUCGGGCCGCCUCUGUCCUCGUCCUGGCGCUGAGCACUGCCGGCCACUGGGAGCGGGGCAGGUACUUAGUCCCCACUCAGUUUCCUUACCCAUCUGUUUCUCCUUGAACUUCUGGGUAUAUACUUUUCCUAGCUUUUCAUGGCCAAGAAAUGUACUUAGCUGCCAUGCUGACUGCACUGCUGAAAGCGCAGGAGCCCAUCUGCCUGCCUGCUCCCCAGACAACACACCGAGCAAAUUGAGGUGUUUUCAAUUUGUUUUAUGUGUAUGUCUGUGUAGCACAUGCAUGCAGUGCCUGGUACCCACAGAUGCCAGAAGAUGGUGUGGAAAUGUGGUUACAGAUAGCUGUGAGCUACAAUGCGGGUGCUGGGAACUGAACUCUGGCUCUCUGGAAGAGCAGCCAAGACUUUUAACGGCUGAGCCAUCUUUACAGUCCUGUAUAAUAUGUAGUGAUCAAAACGGAAAAUUGACAUCUAUGCAAUUAUGUACAGUGUUUUAUUUAGUUGCACACUGAUACGUGGUCCUACCUGAGUUUUAAAACUAGAAACUGAUUUGGCCGUUCUGUUAGGCAUUUUGUGAAAAGCUAAUGAAACCUUUAAAAAACAAUUGUGCAAAAACAUACCAUGCUGGUUGCACUUGAGAAGACAGAGCUGAGGCUGACUUCAGAGUUGUCUCAGUCCUAGGGAAGACUUGACAAAGCCUCCGAGGAGCCAGAGCCUUCAGGUUCCACACCUGAAAUGGAGAAAGCAGCAAAAAUGCUUGUUUUUCAUCGAGCCCUGAAGCUUUCAGGUAUUCUCGCCCUUACUUUCACGAGCUCUUUUCAAACUAAAAAUUCACUUGACAACUUGUUUUCUUUGCAGUGUAGGCCAUUUGACAGAAUGUUCUGGCCCUUCUCCCUGCAGUGUGAGUCAUUCCAUUCUUAACAGUUUUGGGGCUCUGAGGGGUGAAGGGGAGGAGAGCAGCAUUUGGUGAGUUCCCAUUUGUCUGCACUGUUGGCCUCACCUCUCACUUCCUGUAACUACACAAACAGUUCAGGCGUGCCUGGUGCCGUUUGUGGUGAGGGUGUGAGCUUGCUCGCUCUUCACCUGCAUGGAUCAAACUUGAAGAGACUCCUACCCGAGCCACGAGGAAUCUGCUACUACCACACGUCUAAACAGGCUCACUUGGGAUCCGGAGCAGCAGGCACACGUGUGUGCCUGCGCUUACAUCAGAGCAGCCCCGUGGCGCAGAGCCACUGCCCCAUGGCGGCAGAUGGGGUUUGGGUAAGGAGUUGGGGGCUGGGAAUGGAUAGGAAAGAAUGUGCUUCGAGCACCAGUCGGCACCUGUCUCAAAGCUGCUGUCAGGGCAGUGGCUUAGCAUGCCUCUCCCAUGCUGUCAUCGCUCACCCUGUGAGUUCAGACAGCCCGGAACCCCAGGCACGGAAGCCUGUAGCAAGUACGCACAGGGAUCCGCGUGUCUGUCCCCCCUCCUGCCCUGCUUCCACUAAACAGAAAAGCCAUCACUGAGAAAUGGGGUUUCGGAAUGUGCACGGCGUUGCGUUCACCAAAGACCCAGGCAGAACCUUCAUUCCUUAGCAGCCACUGAGGACCCACAUCAGUAAACAUCUAACCACAUGCCUUCCGUAGAUUUCUUCUGGGCAUGAGGUAGCCGGUGCCUUCCCCUGGGACAGCAUGACUUGUCCACUCCCCUCUUGUGAAAGGCAGAAUGAGUUGUGUCAUUCUGGCCUGCGCCAAGCCUUCCUCUGGCCUAGCCAUGGCACCGCCUCGGGCACAGCACACAGGAAGCUGUACUUUGUUAUUCUGAAUUCCUGGCUGGCCUCAUGUUCUUGGAUGAACCAGUGUCCUUGUACACAGUGUCUCUCCUCCCUCAUUGAUCAGGGUUCUUGGCGGAGCAGCAGCCAGCUGACAGCUUCUGCAGCCGUCUGGGUAAUGAAGCCCAGCUCUGCAGUACAAGCACCCACGGCGGCCGGCACAGGACCAGACUUGCCUGUGUGCUGCCCCGGCCCAGCCCAGGAGCCUCUAAUUACACGCCUGCUGUUUGUAGGAGCCCAGGUGGCCUGGGCCCAGGCCCGGGAAGAGAGGACAGGUCUGCUGUCACUGCAGGUCAGCACAGGGACCCCCUGGAGCAGCCAGGUCCAGGCACACAUUCCGACUUCAUCAGCAGGCCCCUCUCUGAACCCACAGUGUCAUCUGCCUAUAGACCUUCCCAGGCGCCUGAGUGUGCUCAGAAGCUGACCUGGCCCGGCAGGAGACUGAGGGUGCUGUGUUUUCCUCCACACAAUAUGGCAUUGUCCCCGGGGGUGGCUCAUGUGGCAGAGCCCUGGCCCAUUUGACUUGCCUGCAGAUGGCCCAGUGUGAAGAGCUCACAGUUGUCAGGAACUUGCUGUCUGCCAAGCACUGGGCGCUCCAGAUCCUGUGUGGCGGCACCAAACUUAGGAGGCGGCCUCUCAAGGGAAGCAAAGGGGGCGGGGCAGUGGUGUUGCUCAUGAGGACCUGGGCUCUCCAGAGAAUGGCACAAGAACAGGGAUGAAAAAGUCGCUGCAGCCGGUGCCUGCAUUGCUCCUGGCCAGUGCCAGCCAACCAUGCAAGCUGUGCUGUGGGCUACAGAGACGGCGGAAGCCGAGCCUGUAAGGAAAAAUAAAUGGACAACAAACAGAGAUCUGUUUGGGUUUUGUUUUUGAAGUCACUUUGUUUUACCGUCCCUACUUAGCUGCUAAUGAAUCUGCAUGUUGUUUUUGCAGGACACCACCAGACCUCCAUAGUGCAUUGCUGCCUGUUGGCUGGCAAGGGCGUCUGACAGAGAGACUGAGUUAGAGCUGGCAAGACGCGCAAGCCUGGCAACCUGAGUUUGAUUCCUGAAGAAAAUGACGACAUAAAGUCAAUCAUCCUUUGACCUCUGCCAGGGCACAUAGGCGUGAAGGCGCAUGCGCACAUACACACAUCUUUAUAAAGAAACUAGUUUAUGCCACUAAAAUGCUUAUUUAAGAAUUUUUCCUCCAAAACCUGGAAUAUUAAUCUGUGGGAAACUUC